UUUAGCCUCAGAAUGGCUUCCAGUUUCUACGCAACUAGGAUUUUGAUCGACUUGGUCUGAAAAGUUCCUGAAAAGUGGAUUAUCUCGCUUAUACAACUAUUUUUCAGGGGGUCGGAUUUUUAUAAGGCAGUAGCUAUGUCUACUUCUGAUAUGAGCCAUGCAAGGGAUAAAGCUGCAAGGUUGCUACGGAGACGGGGAAGCGCAUCAUCCAUGGCUAGCACCCAACAACAAUCAAUUCAUCAUCAAUCUGGCAUUGGUCCUCGUGGUAAACAUGGGUCAAUGAGUACAGUCUCAUAUAAUGACACACACGAUCAUGACAAUCCCAGGAUUCCCGUUAAGAUGGAGCCAACUUACCAAAUGGAGCCAGCCAAAAAGUUUCCGACUGGAAGUGUGCAGACCAUCAUAUCAGAUGUGCUCUCGAAUUAUCUACAGGAAGAGAAGUAUGAACCUGAAAUGUGUCGACAGAUGACCAAAACUAUAUCAGAGGUAGUAAAGGCUCGUGUAAAGGAUCUGAUGGUCCCACGCUAUAAGGUGAUUUGUGUUAUCCAUAUAGGCCAGAAGGGAGAGCAGGGGAUACGCGUCGGGAGUAGGUGUCUAUGGGACUCGGGAUAUGACACUUUCGCCACAUCAGAAUUCCGCAAUAAUUCUCUAUUCGCAAUCGGAACUGUGUAUGCAGUGUAUCAUGAAUGAGGUGUACAGAAUUAAUACAUGGUAUGACUUAUACUAAUUCCAAAUGUGCUUCAAGGCAUUGGAAUCUCAGCAGUUGUGAAAUAAAGGUGAUAGAACUUCCUGGGGAGAACUUCUACAUAAAACAGAUAAUGACUAAAUCCCUCAUCGAUUUCGAUGUUCUGCGUCCAGGCCUCUGCACUCAAUAUACAAAAAUGGAUAGUGGGGAUAUUGGUGUCUCAUACCUUCUUCUUUACUAUUAAAUCUGUCUCAGUUUCCUAAAUACAUUGCACACGGAGCAGAGGCUGUCUUGCAGCUAUAGUUUAAACCAUAAUGCACCAUUCAUUGAAGCAUCAGUUAUCAAUGAUGUCAUAGUAAUUAUGACUUAGCAAGUGCAAUAAUGAUGUUUUAUUCAAACUUUGUUUGUAUUUCAAGUAUUUACACAUUCAAGUUCUCUGCAGUUUUCUGCAUGAAAAAUUCUGAACCUUUUAGAGAAAAUUUAAAUCUUGCAAUGAGUUCUACAGACAUAUAUUUGAUCCAUAGCUGAUCAUGAUAUAGGCAAUGUGGUAGUGCUUGUUGGCUUUGACAUAAACUCUACGAUUUAUUGAUUGCAAUAUAAUUAUAUUGCAUGUUGAACUAUAUACUCAAGUAUGCAUUAGCAAUCAUGUACUAUAAUACUUUCAAUUAUUUAAGGGUCAUAUUUUCUUAAACAUUUUGUGUGGAUCAAGAAAUUGUAUAUAUAAUUAUUCCCACUUAAAGCAAGUGUACUAUUUUUCUUGUAGAAUAUAUUAUUGAGGCAAGAGCACAUAGUGUAUUUAUUCAUUGGGGUUAGUCUUGCAUCAAUCCAGUACCCUUCUGUUCCUGAAUCAGAAGAUUGGGAAUAGAGGAGGGUUCAUUUUCUGAACCUGAUGUAAGACUAAUCUGGCUAGAUUUACACCUGAUUCCCAAUGUACAGCACAGUUGACCUGUAAUUAUAAAUAAAUAUUAUAUUAUAG